AUGGUCCGCGUAUGGUCCCAAAAGUGUCUGCGUCCAACACCAAAUGAAGACGAUUACAGAGAACUUCCACGGACCGCGUGUAGUUACAAGAACAUCUGCGUGAAUAAGAAAACGGACCACGUGUAUUCUCUUAAUCACCCGCGUGUGGCGAAUGGAGAACUGAUAGUUCUAGGCGUAUUCACGCGGACCGCGUGUACUUGGGGCCGCAAACGCCCGGCUGCCGCCAGAGGCAAAGCCCCAACUAGAAAUCAAAAUGAUGCACCCGACAUUCCAAGAUUUCGGGAUGCCAAGGCAGCUGAAAACUACAUGAAAAGCCUACCUAGAAAGGUUGCAUCCACCAAAUUUAUGUGCAAAUCCACGCUUAUAUCAUUAGGGGUUCUUGAAGGGGUCCACCAAUUCUUCCGUAACAUCGGGUGGGAAAACCUUCUCAAUCUCAUGGCACACACUUACAAGCUACCCACUAGAGAGUUUCUUGUCGAUUGUGGGUUAGAUAACGAAAAGAAAAAAUUUGCAUUCCAACUUCUAGGGGACCGAAGGUACAUUGAUUUUGCAGCAAUAAAUGACAUAUUGGGCUUGCCUUAUUCAAACACAUCCACGGUUUUCGACGUCUUACCUGUCGAGUUCAACCAUGUGACCUUUUGGAUAGAAAUCAUCGGAGGCAUCUUUUCAUGUGCCGGUCGGGAUAAAGCAACCUCCAUCAUUCACCCGUGCCUCCGUAUUGCCCAUCGCAUCUUGGUGUGCACCGUCUUUGCCCAUAAAGAAGCCAGAAAGGUCACCAAAAUGAACUCCUUUUCCUUUACUGCAUGA